GCCAGGUCAGCAGGUGCACCCCCGCCCCCGACAUCUCCCCCACACCCCAGGGCCACGCAGCCAGAGGAGGAAGAGGCAGGGAUCGCGAGUGGCCCCGAGAGGCACCAGCAGGUGGGGGUGCACAGCCUGAGGACCCCGUGCCGAGACCCAGCCAGCGUCCCGUGUGCCGGGGGCACCCACAGUCGUCUCUGAUCCUCCUCAGGAAAGUACAGGAUAGCGGGGUGCGGGCGGAUUUGUAAGUGCGAUUCCAAAGUGCCCAGCACUGAGCCUGACAGGAGGCUCCGUCCACGUCCCCUCUCCUGCACCCGUAAAACCGGCGUCACCCUGGCAGGCCUGUGAGCGCCCCCACCAGCGCCCUCCAACCAACGUGGGGGGGGGCGGUGGCAGCCAGACUCGCACCAACUUUGGAGACACAAUUUUAACUCCACGUUCCACACCAGGGCUGGGGAAGACCCUCCAGGGCCACCCAGGUCUCCCCAUCCCCUCGCCCCCAACACCUGCGCACACAGGGCCAUUCCCUCCAUUCAGUCCCUGGGGCCUGGAGGGGCCACAGUCAGCUGGAGGUGGGGGGCAGGCCCUGGGAGGGAGGGGCCUGGAGGGACGGAAGGGCAGGUGAGCACUGCCAAGUCACUGCCCCUUGCCCUGCUGCCAGUGUGCUGGACAAAGGUCGCCAGCACCCCUGGGAGCACUGAGCACGCCCCACAGGGACAGCCGGCUGCAGUGAGAACUGCUCCUCAAGGAGGGAGCUCAGGUCAAGGUCGGCACCCAUCGCUGGCACCUUCCUCUUCCCUCUGCCCAGAGGCCCCUGCAGCUCCCUGCAGCCAGCUGGCCCGGGGUGAGCGUGCAGUGACCUCAGAUGACUAUUGUCCAGUACACGUGGGGUGGCAGGGCGCUGACAGGCUGAGGGAGGCCACUACAUCCUGCUGCCAACCAGCAGUGCAGCCAGGGGUCAGGGCCCCCGUCCAACCUCGGCGGUCCUGCCUAAAUACAGAGUCGGCCCCUGUGCGAGGUGGGGACACCUGCUCGGGGCUUCCUGCCCUCCAGCCUGUGACAUUCGGUGCUUUUCCUGCCCACUGUCCUGUGAGCCCACUUAGAUGAACCCCGAGGGCUGCCCCACGCUGCCUGGCACUUUUCUCAGCCUGUAUCACCUGGGGCCUGGCCCAGUGCUCAGAGAAGGACUGAGCCACAUCCUCAAGGAGGGUCCAGAUAGGUGGCCCGAGAGCCACCGAGUGCCAGAGCCUGCUCAGGAAGCUGGAGCAGAGCUUGGGGGCUGCCCAGGGCCAUCCCACCCCGGUGUGGGCCCCUUGACCCCUAGCCGGGGUCACCACUUCACUGACAAAGGACACCAGCUGUAACCCUGGAGCCACUUGGACGAGGUGGGACGGAAAGCAGCCAGCUUCAGGGGGGUCUGGGGAAGACUGGCUUCUCAGUCCAGAGAAAGCCAAGCUUUCGUUUCCCAGUGUCUCUGCAUCAACACUAAAAAUACCCUCGCUAAAUCCUCCCUGUCGUCUGGCCCCUUCCAAGGACACACAUGAUACCCCGUGUCCCCCGUACUCAGGCCUGUGGGGACAGGCUGGUACCUUCUCUAUGGGAGGCCCCUUGUCCCCACAAAAGGGUCUUGUGGGUGAAGAGAGGCCAUCUACGUGCCUGGCAGGACCCUCAGGGGAGCCCCACCCUGAGCUGGCAGCCAGGGCUAUAGGGGCAGAGCAGCAUGGUUUCACUGUUCUGACCCUGGGAGACGGGACAGGGGCCUGUGGGGUCUCUACCAGCGGCACCCACACCCCUCAACCGAAUGAGGAGCCCUGGGCGCCUAACGUGGCCAAACCAACAGGCCCCAGCAUCUCCAGAGUGGGCGGGCAGAGGCAGGGCCGAAGCCACAGCUCCACGGGGGAGGGCAGGGGUGCAGCCACUGGAGGAGCCGGGAAGGCCUGGGUGAGCCCGAGUCCGCCGGGACGGGCAACCAGCCCCAGGGGCCCCAUUUACAUGGAACUCAAGGUGAUCGUGACCCUGAAGGCGGGACGUGAGGCGACACCCCCUGGAGGCCAACCGUCCAGGACACAGGCUCACAAGACCCACAAAUACACCCCAAGACAAGGCACCACUGGGAAACAUGCUAGGAGGAUGCAGCACAAAUGGCAGAUGGACCCGGCCUGGCACAGCCCUGGGAACACAGCCACCCACUGCGGACUGUGAGAAGAGCCUCCAAUUCUCCAGAAUUCUCUGAGUUCACGCAACUAAAAGGAAAGACCUCACUACAGUAAUAGGAAGCAGCUGUUGGUGUGAGUCAGAGCAUUUUGCAAAAGCAAAAGGUCAAGUGUCCCCAAUCCAAGCCAUGGGGGACUCACAGGAAGUCAGGCUACAGCCCUCAGGCACGGACAGUCAUAAGGACAUGGGGUACCAGCCCCACCGCCCCCUUUUGCAACCUUUCAAAUCAGAGUUCAUUAACACAUCAUGUAUGCAGUGGUGGGGAACUGGAUGACCCCAACUGCCCAGGAGAAACCUGAGGAGCCCAGCAGGUGCCACGAAGGCCAUGAAGAAAGCCCGGGGUGCCUGGCUUGGGGCCUAUUUCCUCUACUUGAAACAGUUCCAGCUGGAUGGGGAGGUGGGGGCAGGGAGCACAUGAGCAGAGAGAGUGAAGAACUCAUGCUGACCCACUGACCACAGCAGAAGAGAAGGACCCAGGGAAGACCCCAGUGGGCCUCGAAGGGCACCGCCCUGGGGGGCCAGCGGGCCAACAGAGCAGCAGCCCCACCCCCACGCGGUGGGUUCCUGCCGGGCGCUCCUAUUAACAGGCAGGGAAACCUGCACAGGCUUCUGUAUCUUCCCCGUUUUCUACAGUGAUUAUGUAUAACUGAUGAAAAAUAAAAGCUCGUGCCUCGUAGGUCGUUGUGAGGAUUAAACAAAGAGGAAAGUGCUCGCAACAGAGCAGGGCCCAGGGUGUGCUGGGCAAGUGUUUGCUAUUAUCAUUUCUCCAACAUGGUUAGGCCAGAGCGGUGCGGAAGAUACAUAACGCGAGCCACCCAGGAUUUUAAAUUUUCUAGUAGCUACAUUUUAAAAGCAGCAUGUGAAGUGAAUUCUGAUCAUUUAUUUAACCCGAUAUAUCUAAAACAUCAUGCCAGUAAGAACGCAAUAUAAAAA